AUGUCCAUUGGGCUGGCCGUUACGGCGAUUGGGACCGAGAGAAGCAUUACUUAUCCAGCGCAAAACAAUGGCGUUGUCGGCCUCAAGCCCACUGUCGGACUCGUCUCCCGUGCUGGCGUCGUACCAGUCUCGAAGCACAAGGAUACCGUGGGCCCCAUUACCAGAACUGUGGAAGAUGCAGCCCUGGUCUUGUCAGUAAUUGCUGGCCAGUGCCUUGAGGACCCUACGACCAACACCAUCCCGUUCGAGAAAGUCCCGGAUUUUGUCGCUGCCUGCAAACCCGACGCUCUUCGCGGCGCAAGAAUCGCAGUAUCGCCGUCGGUGAUGGAGCGGUAUUACGAUGCAGAGCUUCUCCACGCCCUAGAGAACGCUCUCCAGGUCAUGGAAUCAGAGGGCGCCCACAUUGUUCGGGAUGUGGACUUCGUGGGCUGGGACUACGGCACCACCAAAAGAGAGGAAAUGCCUGCCAACAUAUUCCUCAAGGAAGGACUGGAAUCAUACUUCCAAAGUCUCGCGACAAACCCACACGGCAUCCACACCAUAGCAGAUCUGAUAAGCUUCAUGGAGAAUACGCCAGAGGAAGAAGUUGAGAAGUACGGCAUCAACGCCUUUCUCGCCGCGAAGGACGAACCGCGGGACAAUUCCUCAAUGGAGUUUCAAGAAGCCGUUCGUCGCAUGAUUGAGCAAGGAAGUGCAAUCUCAAAGUUGCUCGACCAGGCGAACGGUGAUGCUCUUGUUGUGCCGACAACGGCCGACAUCCCCUCCGACCUGGGACAGAAUCCUGCCAUUGCCGUUCCGCUUGGCUUCUUUCCAGCCAUGAGGGAGAAGACCACGAGCGUCAACCAGAUGAUAGCAAAAGGCCCCAACAUACCCUACUCGUUGAGCUUUGUAGGGAAGAAGUUCAGCGAUGAGAAACUGAUCGGAAUCGCUUAUGCAUUUGAACAGAGCACAAACGUUCUGGCAACAAGCCAGCCUUGUGUGCGGCCAACGGGGCCCAUCCUCUCGGUGUCUAAUAAACUAUAA